AUGUUCAAUUCAUGCAUUGGAUUAAAUGAUUUACCUGAUGAAAUCCUUAUGAUUAUUUUCAAAAAAGUCAACAAUUUUCAUAUACUUUAUUAUUUUCAAGGUGUCAAUCAACGACUAAAUAAAAUUAUUCAAGAUCCAAUUUUUAUAAGUCAUUUGACUUUUGUUAAAUGGUUAUCACAUCAUUUUAUCGAUCUAUUUUAUUCUGAUAUGAUACGUAAUCGAUUUUGUUUACAAAUUUUACCUUUGAUUCGUCGUAAAAUUGAAUGGGUUGAUCUUGAAUCAUCAUCUAUGAAAUAUGUUUUAAAUGCUGCUGAUUAUCCUAAUUUACAUACUCUUGGUCUAUAUAAUAUUAAUCAAGAGUCAGCUCGAUGUCUUUGCACUGAUAAAAAGGUUUCAUCUCAUAUUUUCAAAGAUCAGAUUAGAAGACUUUUUAUUACAAUUGAUAAUAAUAACAUAACAAAAUUACCAAUAAUAAACAUAUUGAAUUACAUGUUGACUGUUUUCACAAAUUUAAUUUGUUUAACAUUAUAUGAAUCAUCGUAUAGAAAUCGUCUUCUAUUAUGUUUUGAUGAUCCACCUCCUACUACUUUUCGUAGUUCAACUCUUUUCAAAUUGAAUAUAAGAGUAGAAUUUUUUGAAGAUUGUCUUUAUCUUCUUGAUGGUCGUUUUAAUCAACUUCAUACGGUCAAUGUUGAUAUGGUAGAUGUUUAUUAUCACGAUGAAAUUCAAAAUCAAGGUGAUUUACCAAAUCUAAAGUAUUUUUCUCUGUCAUCUGAACAGCUAACAUAUGAUUAUAAUAAAACAAUUCUUCCACUUAUCAAUCGAAUGUCAAAUCUAGAGGAACUUGGUUUGUAUCUUACAGUCUAUGUUAAUGAAACAUUUAUUGAUGGAAAUCAUUUCAAGAAAAACAUUAUUAAUCGAAUGUCAAGAUUAAAUCAAUUUAGAUUUUCUAUUAACUCAAUUAUAUGUAUUAAGGCCCCCCCACCACUCAAAAAUCGAUCUCAGCCCAAGAAAGUUCAAAUGGGCUGAAACUUGGAGCAUAUGUUGGGGCUGAAGUGAGGAGGCUGUGAUAAAAUUUUCAGCUCGAUACCCUAAUGUUUGACAGAGAUAUGAAACAAACAAAGGCCAAAAAUAGCUCAUUUGGCAAUCCAUUUUUCUUUGUCCAGGCUCUUUCAAUGUAUUUAAUUUUUCUUUGUUUGAAAGAGCAUCUCAGGACGCAGUGCAGUACAGAGUCCUUUUUUUUAAAUUCUUACUUUUUUAGCGAAAAAAGGGAAUCACAAGUUCAAUGACUCAAAAAACGCGCCAAAAAUGGGUGUCUAAUUACAUAUAUGACUGUAUAUAUAAUAAAAAAUAAAGCUUAAUUAAAAAAAGGACUCUGUACUGCACUGCAUCUUGACGUGCUCUUUCAAACAAAAAAAAAUUAAAAUAUAUUGAAUGAGCCUGGACAGAGAAAAAUGGAUUGCGCGGUUCAGAAAGCCUAAACUGAGAAAAAACGAAAAACAUUUUUCGUUUUUUUUAAAAUAAGCAUAUUUUUCAAGAAGAGCUUAACAAAAAUCAUCGAAAACUUUGACCAAAAACGAGGUGCCGAAGAAAAACCAAUAUGAUUUCUGAAAGAGCAGAAGACGGGCUAUCUUCCGAUGCAUUUAUCUCAAUUUCGAUAAUUUUGACAAAAAUUGAUUUUUUUUUUGAGUGGGGGGGGGGCCUUAAUAAUCCAAUAUAUUUUCCAACAACAGAAGAUAUUCAAGAGACA